AUGUUUGAAGAUGAUUUUAAGAAACACCUUGAAACAUUAACCUCUGAUUCCCAAAGUAUUAUCAACAAAUUAACAGAUAUAUCUCGAGAAAACCCUGAUAAAUCCGAUGUGAUAGUUAAAUUGAUUGAAGAAAGAAUUACGAAAUCCCCACCAAAAUUUAAAAUUUUAGCAUUCUAUUUGAUAGAUUCAAUUUUAAAAUUUGUUGGUAAUCCUUUUAAUUCUUUAUUUGAACAUAAUUUACUUAAAAUAUUUAAAUCUAUUUAUUCUUUAAUACCUGAAAAACGUCAAACUUUAAUUGAAACCUUUAAAACUUGGAAAUUUAGUGAAAAAAAUAAUGGUUUAAAGAUUUUGAAUGAUAAUCUUAUAAAUGAAAUUGAAGAUUUUAUAAUAAAAGUUACCGGUUCAAAAUCCCCAAGAUUAAAUAAUGUUGUAGUUGAAAAUCCAAUUGUUCAUAAACCUAAAGAAAUCAUUGAAGUUGAAGACCAUCAAAAUGAUUUACCUCAUGUUAAAUUACCUGAUGAUUUAACACCUGAACAUUUCUUAAGAGAAUGUAAUCUUUUAUUACAAGAUAUAAUACGAAUCAACAAUUCAAUUAUGGGAUAUCAAGACACAAAGUUUUAUAAAACCAAUAUGAAGAUAAGGAACGAUUUAAUAGCCAGUAUCAAUUUAAUUCAUGAUUCUUUAUUAAAUGAUUCAAGGUCAAAUUUUCAAUUCAAGAUUCAAAUUUAUCAUUCUAAAUUCAUAAAGAUAAGGAGUAUCCUAUACAAACAAAGUAUUAAACAAAAUCUUUAUCUUCAAAGGAAAUAUCGACCCAAUUUAAUACCAAAUUUAAAUUUCAUUACUACUAUAAAUAAACCUUUGGAUUUAAUUGAAAAUGAUUCAAAUUUAACUUUAUGGGUUAAAGAAUUUGGUUUACCAUUCAAGAAUGAAAAGUUAUUCAAGAAAGAUAUGAAUAAACCGGCUAAAAUUAAUGAAAUCUUACAUAAUGAUAAACAAGAUAUACUACCAAAUUUUAAUCCAUUAGGAUUAGAUGAUAGUAUAUUUAAUGACCAAAAUGAUAAUUUCCCUAAAUCAAGAGAUAGAGCACCACCAGUAAAAUCAAUUAUAAAACGUAAAUUAGAUCAUGAAAGUAAUUCUAUAAAAAAAGUAAGAUUUAGUUCAUGA